AUGAGCGAAUCGCCGGACACCGGAGAUUUGUACAGCACCGACAGCACCGGAAAACCGGAAGGAAGCCUUACCUAUGUCCUCGGGCUCUCCUUUGCCAUCAUCAUCCUCUUAUUAACCCUCUCUUACGCUUCUUACAAGUGCAACCGCAGCAGACAAUAUCAAUCACCACCAGUUGAUGACGACAACGGCAACCACCUUUUCACAGUCUCUCGAGGUGUUGAUGACGCCGUGCUCAUGACUUUUCCGGUGUUUGUUUACUCUGAGCACGUGAUGCCUCACAAGGUUGACUCUGCCGCCGAUGCCAAUGGAUCCGGUUGUUCUAUUUGUUUGGCGGAUUAUAAACCGACGGAUGUUAUCAGGUUGUUGCCGAAAUGUGGUCACUUUUUUCAUCGCAAGUGUAUAGACACGUGGCUGAAGGUUCAUCCUACUUGCCCGGUUUGCCGGAACUCGCCGUCGCCGGAAAAACUGUCGAUUCAAAUUCAACGGAGUUGA